GGUCAUUUUAAGGCAAGCCGGAACACAGAGUGAGUCGCCAUGGCGGCAGGAGUGGCUGCAUGGCUUCCCUUUGCACGGGCAGCAGCUAUUGGCUGGAUGCCUGUGGCCAACUGCCCCAUGCCCAUUGCUCCUAGAGACCACAGAAAGAGACAUGACGAGCUGAUCAUCCUGAACGUGAGUGGACGACGCUUCCAGACCUGGAGGACCACACUGGACCGCUACCCAGACACCCUGCUGGGAAGCUCAGAGAAACAGUUUUUUUACGAUGAGGAGACAAAGGAGUACUUUUUCGACCGGGACCCAGACUCCUUCCGCAGCAUUCUCAACUUCUACCGGACGGGAAAGUUGCACUAUCCUCGCUACGAGUGCAUCUCGGCCUAUGACGAAGAGCUAACUUUCUUCGGCAUCAUUCCGGAGAUCAUCGGCGACUGCUGCUACGAAGAGUACAAGGACCGGAAGCGGGAGAACGCGGAGCGUCUCCAGGAUGACCAGGAUGACAACAAGGACUGCAAGCUGCCCAACAUGACAUACAGAGAGACCAUGUGGAGGGCCUUUGAGAACCCUCACACCUCCACCAUGGCCCUUGUGUUCUACUAUGUCACCGGCUUCUUCAUCGCCAUCUCAGUCCUCACCAACGUGAUAGAGACGGUACCUUGCGGUGCCACGCCUUCACAGAAGGAUAUGCCGUGUGGCGAGCGCUAUACCAUCGCCUUCUUCUGCAUGGACACAGCCUGCGUCCUCAUCUUCACUGUGGAGUACCUCAUGAGACUGUUCGCCGCACCCAGCCGCUACCAAUUUAUGCGCAGUGUGAUGAGCAUCAUAGACGUGGUAGCCAUCUUUCCCUACUACAUCGGCCUGGUGAUGACAGACAAUGAGGAUGUGAGUGGGGCCUUCGUCACGCUCAGAGUGUUCCGUGUGUUCCGCAUCUUCAAGUUCUCCCGCCACUCGCAGGGCCUCAGGAUCCUGGGGUACACGCUGAAGAGCUGCGCCUCCGAGCUGGGCUUUCUCCUCUUCUCCCUCACCAUGGCCAUCAUCAUCUUCGCCACGGUCAUGUUCUACGCAGAGAAGGGGUCGUCGUCGACCAAGUUCACCAGCAUUCCAGCCUCCUUCUGGUACACCAUUGUCACAAUGACCACGUUGGGUUACGGGGACAUGGUGCCCAAGACGAUCGCGGGGAAGAUCUUUGGUUCUAUCUGUUCUCUGAGCGGGGUGCUGGUAAUCGCCCUGCCUGUUCCCGUCAUCGUGUCCAACUUUAGCCGAAUCUAUCACCAGAACCAGAGAGCUGACAAACGGCGUGCGCAGAAGGUACAGAAAGCCAGACUGGCCCGGAUAAGAAUAGCCCAGACGGGCAGCUCCUGCACGGGCUUCCUCCAGAGCAAACGCAACGACCUCCUCAACGAACUGCUGGAGCUCACGGGAUCAGAGGAAGAGGAACAGCAGCUCAACAAGGGCAUGUCGUUAUUAGAGAGCCAACACCACCACCUAUUGCACUGUCUGGAGAAGACCACUGCCCAUGAGUUUGUGGAUGAGCAGCUGUAUGAGCAGAACUGCCUGGAGACCACGAUCCAGAGCUACACCUCCCGCAGCCCCUCCUUCUCCAGCCAGGAUGGGCCCAUAGGCACCUGCUGUACCCGCCGGGGGAAGAUGAACUCCCCACUACCCAACUCCAGCCUGCCCCUCCAGCCCAGCCAUCAGCAGGGCUCACUACAGGAGCUCAGCGCCCUGCACAUCCAGUGUGGGGAUAAGCUGCCCCAUACCACCAGUCGCUCCAGUCUCAACAUGAAGACAGACGAUGUGGGCCUGAUCAACUGCAAGGGCAGUCAUAUCACCACGGCGAUCAUCAGCAUCCCCACGGCCCCCUCCGACACCACUGACGGGGGCGCUCUCCACGGACCCCCCCAGCGCAGACCCCCCCCACCCCCCACCGGCCCACAGGCCCCCAGCAUCAACACCACCGCCAGCUCCAAUGUCAUCAAAGUAUCCGCUCUGUGACUGUGUGACGAACCCAAUCGACAGACUGACUGAGCAGGAGGAGAGGUGAAGGGGACUUUCACUUGAACUCUGCCUUGAAGGACCCUGUCGCCUGUUUAGAGGAAGAGAAAUGGGAGGGAACUCCCAUUUUCCAAGGAAUGUACUUGGCCUUUUGAGAAGCCAGGGGAUAGGCUACUGUAUACUGAGAGAAAUGUUGAAACGCAAGUCAGCUGAUAGGCUACUGUGUGCCCAUUUCCCAAAAACGGGCCAGUACAUUUGAAUUGCGGGAAUCAACAGGACAAAGGAAGUCACUGUGUCUUUGUGCACUUCGCACCUACUCUUUAUUUUCUUGAUCUGGCUACAGCUCAACCCUAAAUGUGUAAAAGAUAUUCUUCUUACACUUACAAGGUUCAAAGGAGGAUGAAGACAACGAUCAAUGUUUUAACUCGAGUUUGGUUGGUCUUCUUUGCAUUUUUCUGUUUGUCGUAUCUAGUUUCACCUUGAUUGAUACAGUUUUGGAGUUUUUUCACUUCUCCAGUGGACGAGGUGUGUCGGUUAAUAUGAUUGUGGUGAUUUUUGUUUGUUUGUGUAUGUACGUGUGUGAUGAUACUUUUAUGAAAUGUUAAUAUUUUAGUGUUUUUUUUUAAUCUGAUUAGAUUUUCAUCAGUCCACAAUGCCCUUACAGAGCGACUGCCCCUAAAAAGCCAUUUCUCGUUUUGAAAAUGGCCUAUAGUGGGAUCGAUAUGAGUCAGACAUUUAUUCUACUGUCAAAAUCGAAUACAAAAUGUGAAUAGGAUAAUUUGGGUCAUAAAUUUAGUCUCAUCCAGAUUUGUGAAAAAAUGUAUGUUCUGGAAUGAAGGGUACCAUAACAGUUUUCAUUGGGUUUGGUAAUGCCCAUGGUCAGUUUUGUUUGACAUUCGAUAUCCCUAUGGGGCUUGUUAGGAACCACAACAUUCUGAAGGUGAAUAGCUCCAAAUUUCAAUCAAUUUUAAAACCUCAAACCAAUUAUACACUGCUCAAAAAAAUAAAGGGAACACUUAAACAACACAAUGUAAC